CUCCAAAGGGCCGGGACAGCUCUCUGUUCCGGUUCCGCGAAGCGCUUUUGUUGGUCCACACCGUAUUCUUUCGUUUCCACAGGGAGAAAGGAGGGGCCUAGGCGGGAGGAUCACAUCUUCCUCGCCCGCCCACUAAAGGGAAUCACAGUCGGCCUCUAGCGGCCACACGAGCGCGACGCCGUACACAAGCUCCCGGCAGCUCAAGGGCGAGAGCCGGGGCAAGGUGGAAGGGCAGGGGCCUUUAGGGAGAAGAGCGAGAGGGUGAAAAAAUCUAGGAAAUACUGAAUAAAUGAACAUUCGCGAGCUGACCUACGCUUAACCGGAAGGGGCCGACUCAAGCUUCUCUCUCCCGGAUGUCCCCUCAACUUCCGCUUCAACUCCCGCCCCAUUGGAGGUCUUUCUCACCGACGAUUGGCUGUUGGCUUGAGUCAUAUGACGCCUUCCGUUAAGCGCCUCUCCGCCCUCUUGUUUUUCUUUUCCGGUAAAAGAGAGUCGAGUUGUUCCCAAACUCUAUGCUCUUCGGGUCCUGGCGCGGAGAGUUGUGGGAAGAAGGCGGAGUAAUGGUGCUGGCGUAACAUCAGAGGGCUGUGGGACUCGCUUGAAUAUUGAAGAUGACAACAGCCGCAAGGCCUACAUUUGAACCUGCAAGAGGUGGAAGAGGAAAAGGGGAAGGUGAUUUGAGUCAGCUUUCAAAACAAUAUUCAAGCAGAGAUCUACCUUCUCACACAAAGAUAAAAUACAGACAAACCACUCAGGAUGCUCCAGAAGAGGUUCGCAACCGUGAUUUCAGGAGAGAACUAGAAGAGAGAGAGAGAGUUGCUGCAAGAGAAAAAAACAGAGAUCGUCCAACCAGAGAGCAUACAACUUCAUCUUCUGUAUCUAAGAAACCUCGGUUAGAUCAGAUUCCUGCAGCCAACCUUGAUGCAGAUGAUCCCCUAACAGAUGAAGAUGAUGAAGAUGAGGAUUUUGAGGAAGAAAGUGAUGAUGAUGACACUGCAGCUCUACUAGCAGAACUAGAAAAAAUAAAAAAAGAAAGAGCUGAAGAACAAGCUCGGAAGGAACAAGAACAAAAGGCUGAAGAAGAGAGAAUUCGGAUGGAAAAUAUCCUUAGUGGAAACCCUCUCCUAAAUCUUACUGGUCCCUCUCAGCCUCAGGCCAACUUCAAAGUGAAGAGAAGGUGGGAUGAUGAUGUUGUCUUUAAGAACUGCGCCAAAGGAGUAGAUGAGCUGAAAAAAGACAAAAGAUUUGUAAAUGAUACCCUUCGAUCAGAGUUUCACAAAAAGUUCAUGGAGAAAUAUAUCAAGUAGUACAGUUUUAUGUGCUUAAAUAUUACAAAGGGGGCUCAUUCAAACUUUAAGGGUCAUUCUGGCUUUAAUUUGGUCAGGAUUUACUUUUUAUGCUCUUAAUGGCUUAUAGAUUUCCUGCAUUUAAAAUUCUAAAAUGCCUUUUUUGUUUGGUCAGUAAUAUUUUAUUUGAUAAUGGCAUCCUAGAUCUAGGAAUUGGUUUAACCCCUCUUCCUACAUUGUUGAUUUAUCAUUUAAUAAACCAGUUUGUGUUCUGUGAACGUUUCCAGUUCUAUUUUUUUCUUGUAAAAAUGUUGUAUAGGAAAAUCUGGUUUUCAAUAAAGAUUUUAAUUGUCUAAAUA